CACAUCAGCCCUCAGACCCUCCUUUGCUGAUGCCCCAGGACCUUGGGUACCAAAGGAUCACCUCCCUCUUGGGCAUUGGAGGGGCUGCCUGAUGCCCUGACUGCCGGGCCAGACGGGCCUCACCAGCGUCAAGAUGAGUGUCACCUCCUGGUUCCUGGUGAGCAGCAGCGGCACCCGCCACCGGCUCCCGCGAGAGCUCAUCUUCGUGGGGCGUGAUGAGUGUGAGCUCAUGCUGCAGUCCCGCAGCGUGGACAAGCAGCACGCCGUCAUCAACUACGACCAGGACAGGGACGAGCACUGGGUGAAGGACCUGGGCAGCUUGAACGGGACGUUUGUGAACGAGACGCGCAUCCCCGACCAGAAGUACGUCACGCUGAAACUCAACGACGUCAUCCGCUUCGGCUACGAUUCCAACAUGUACGUGCUGGAGCGUGUGCAGCACCGCGUCCCCGAGGAGGCACUCAGGCACGAGAAGUACACCAGCCAGCUGCAGGUGAGUGUCAAGGGUCCGGUUCCCAAGAGGGGUGAGGUGCUGCCUGAGCACAUGCCAUACUGCGAGUCCUCGAAUUCCAGGCUGGAGCGGGGCGACCGGAGACCAGCAGCAGAGGCAGCAGCCUACCGCACACCCCUGUAUGGACAGCCCUCCUGGUGGGGUGAGGACGAUGGUGGCACUCCGCCUGGGGACCGGCAUCAGGAAGGGCCAUACCCAGAGCGGCCCAAGGAGCUGGCACAGCAGGACGGGGACCUCACCGGGACAACGGUCGGCUUCCGGGCCCCCAUGGAGCCUCAGGGCUACUCAUUCCGGCGGGAGCCCAGCUACUUUGAGAUCCCUACAAAGGAGGCCCCACAGCCACCGCGGCCCCCUGAGGUGCCCACGCACGAGGUGCCCACCAAGGAUGAGGAGCCAGGCGGGGGCGGGGUGGCACCGGUGGUGCAGAGCCACGCCUCCUUCACCAUCGAGUUUGACGACUGCAACCCGGGCAAGGUGAAGAUCAAGGACCAUGUCACCAAGUUCUCCCUGCGUCAGCGGCGGCCCCCGGGCAAGGAGGCCACGCCUGUGGAGGUGGUCUCUGCAGAGACCAAGGUGGCCGACUGGCUGGUGCAGAAUGACCCAAGCCUGCUGCGCCGGGCCGGCCCUGGAGACGACCGCCACAGCACCAAGAGCGACCUGCCCAUCCACACCCGUACCCUGAAGGACCACAAGCACGAAGACGGCACGCAGAGCGACUCGGAGGACCCCAUGGCCACGUCAGCCACGGCAGCUGGGGUCCCCAUGGACAACGGGGAGCAGGUGCGGCUGCAGCGGCAGAUCAAGCGGGACCCCCAGGAGCUGCUGCGCAACCAGCAGGCCUUCGUCAUUGAGUUCUUCGACGAGGACACGCCCCGCAAGAAGCGUUCCCAGUCCUUCACGCACACCCCGCCCGGGGACCCCAAGGCCGACAAGCGCCGAGGCCCAGGGCUGGCCGACAGGGACCGCCCAGGAGCCCCAGCCCCGGCCCCGGCCCGGGGGGCGGGCAGCUCGGGGCCACAGCGGGCCAGCUCGCUUAAGCGGGAGAAGACAGAGGAGCGGCUGGGUGGCCCUUCUCCCCCCGCACGGGCCUCCGCCCGCCCCUUCGGCAGUGUGGGGCGUCGCUCCCGCCUGACCCAGGACUUCAUGGCCCAGUGCCUGCGGGAGGGCUCCCCGGCCGCCCGGCCCGGCUCUGAGAAGGUGGCCCCAGCACCACCAGCCCCGCUGACGCCCCGUGGGACUAGUCCUGUGGCCCCCUCAACUCCACCACUACCCCCCGCUGACCCUCAGCUGACCAAGGCACGCAAACAGGAGGAGGAUGACAGCCUCAGUGACGCGGGGACCUACACCAUCGAGACCGAGACGCAAGACCAGGAGGUGGAGGAGGCCCGCAAGAUGAUCGACCAGGUGUUUGGUGUUCUCGAGUCCCCUGAACUCUCCAGGGUGUCCUCAGCCAUUUUUCGCCCAGUCAUCAGAGGGGACAGAGACGAGUCCGGUGACGGGAUGGCCCAGCGGAUGGCCCUGCUGCAGGAGUUCGCCUCCCGGCCAGUGGGCGUGGCACCCCAGGGGGAGCUCCAGGGCCCUCCAGUGCCGGAAUCCCCCGGGGGUCAGAAGUGGGUGUCCCGCUGGGCCAGCCUGGCUGACAGCUACUCGGACCCGGGCCUGGCAGAGGACGGCCCCGGGCGCACAGCCGGGGAACUCGAGGGGGCUCUGCCUGUGCGCCAUCGACGACUACUCCCACAGCUACCCAGUGACAGGGCGGACAGCCCCGCCGGCCCCGAGGCCACCCGGAGGAGCGGGCCUGGGCCACCAGAGCCGGGCAGUGAGCAGCCCAGCCGCCCCUUGGGCCAGGAGGACUUGGAACCCGAUAGCCUCAGUGAUGCCAGCGGGUCAGAUGGGGGCCUGCAGGAGGAGAGACGCAGGAGCCCCCAGGAGGGACUGGUGUGGACGAGAGGCCGGCGUCCAACAAGGGCCCCCCGGGACCCUGCCCACACCUCUUUCUUCAUCGGAGACCAGAACGGAGAGGCUGCCUUUCCUCAGAAAACAUCUGUGGUUCCAGGGGAGGUGGAUGGCCCAGGGCGGGUGGCCCAGCCCAGCAUCCCGGCGAGGGACGCUGUGUACGUGAGCACCAGUGGGAGGAUGGUCAUCCAGCUGCAGACGGGGCGGGCCCCAGAGCCCGACGGCCCCGCCCCGGCCCAGGCCAAGGAGGCCCUGGCCUUCGUCCGGCAGGAGAGUUUCAUCAAGGAGCCGGCCGGCGGCCCCCCUGCACCUGGCCAGCUCCCUCAAAUCUCCAGCCACCUCCUCCUGCAGGACCUGGCUGCAGCCCGGGCCUCGCGCAUGGACCUCCACUCCCAGGACACCCAGCUGAUCUUAAAGGAGACAGAGACGGUCUUGGCAGCCCUGGGGGCCCGACUGCUCUCCAAGUCUGUGGAAGAGGCAGAGGGUGAGGUGGGCGGUACCCCCGGGCCUCCAGAGGACUCCCUGUCUGGGGGCUCAGACGUGGACACGGCCAGCACCAUCAGCCUGCUCAGUGGCAAGAAUGGGCCCAGCCCUACGAGCCCCCAGCCCCUGGGGCUGCGGAAGGACAAGCUGCCCUCCCCACCAGCAGCGCAGGACCUGGGGGGAGCCGUCCUCAGCUGUGCCCGGGAGCGGCUGUCGGAGAAGCAGCACCGCCCAGCGGGCCCGGCGGACACUGGCCGUGGAGAGCUAGUGCGGCGCCUGGCCGGACGGCGUGGCCAGGGGCCCCAAGGCUCCCUGGACUGGCCUGACGAGGAGCGAGGCUCUGGCCUUGCCCACCCACCUGGCUCAGGCCCAGUCACUUCCGACAAUGAGACCUCCACAGCCACUGGGGCCGGGCGGCUGGGGUCUCGCCGAAAACCCGCCGCCCCACCGCCAUCCCCAGCUGCCCGGGAAGAGCAGAGCCGCGUCUCGGCCAGCGCCCAGAAGGUGCAGCAGGUGCUCACCCGCUCCAACAGCCUGUCCACCCCGCGGCCCACACGGGCCUCCCGGCUGAGGAGGGCCCGACUGGGGGACGCCUCGGACUCAGAAGCGGUGGACAGUGAACGGGGGCCCCUGGCCAACCCCGAGCCAGUGGCGCGGCCGGCCGCUGAGCAGGCCAAGAAGCUGUCUCGCCUGGACAUUCUGGCCAUGCCCCGGAAGAGGGCGGGCUCCUUCACAGGGCCCAGCGACUCGGAGGUGGCCCCAGCCCGCGCCGGCUUCUCUGGCCGCAGCGUCGAGGUGUACUGCGCUGGCCGCAAGCCUACCAUGGCUGAGGCUCGGGCCUCUGCCAGGAAGACCACCAACGCCACCAUGGCUCCCCGCCAGCCCUUCAGCAGGGCGCGCCCAGGCAGUGCCAGAUACUCCUCACCCACUUCUGGAACCAAUUCACUCACGCGAGACACACGUCGCCGGCAGCAGGGCUCCGAUUGCACGUCCACCUCCGAGGAGGAGUACGGCUCCCACCACAGCUCCCCCAAACACACACGCUCCCGUGCCUCAACAGCCACGCAGACCCCACGGCCUGGCAGCUCUACCAGGGCCCGGCCCCGGACCCCUGGCCUCCGGGACACAGACGACGAGGAAGAGGAGCCUGACCCCUAUGGCUUCGUCGUGCAGACGGCCGAGAUCGCAGAGAUUGCCAGAUUGAGCCAGACGCUGGUGAAGGACGUGGCCAUCCUCGCCCAGGAAAUCCACGACGUGGCCGGUGACGGCGACUCGCUGGGCUCAGCAGGGCCCGCCCGAAGCUCCUCCCUCGGCAAUGUGCCCAGCACGCCUGCCUCGACCAUCUCGGCCCGUGAGGAGCUGGUGCAGCGCAUCCCCGAGGCCAGCCUCAACUUCCAGAAGGUGCCUCCCGGCUCCCUGAGCUCUCAGGACUUGGACCAGAACAUGAAUGACUGCCAUGAGGACCCCCUGGCCAACAAGACGCGGCCUCGGAACCGCGAGGAGGUGAUCUUCGAUAAUCUGAUGCUGAACCCCGUGUCCCAGCUGUCCCAUGCCAUCCGUGAGAACACAGAGCACCUUGCUGAGAAGAUGAAGAUCCUCUUUCAGAACACAGGCCGCGCGUGGGAGGACCUGGAAGCCAGGAUCAAUGCCGAGAAUGAGGUGCCCAUCCUGAAGACGUCCAACAAGGAGAUCAGCUCCAUCCUGAAAGAACUGAGGCGCGUGCAGAGGCAGCUGGAAGUCAUCAAUGCCAUUGUGGACCCCAGUGGGAACCUGGACCUGCUGACCGGAAAUAGGGGCUUUGCGGGCUCGGCGCAGCUCGGGAAAGGCCGGCCGGCUUCGCAGAGCCCGUCUUCGCCCCCCUCGGCCCUGAGGAGCUUCCCGCAGAGGGCCAACUGCGGACCCCCGAGCCUGCCAGACCCCUCCUUCCUCCCGGACUUCCUCCCGGACUCAGAGAGGUUCCUGAUCUAGGCGGUGGGGCCAGGGCGGCCUCCCCGUGUGCGAGCGUCCGGCGCCUCCUGCUCGUCCCAUUCACCACCGCGGCCCCUCCCAGCUGUGGACAGUUCACCAUAAAGACCCCCACACGUGCCAUAACCCCGUGGGUGCCUCCACGCCCAGCCCCCACUCAGCUCCCAGCCAGCAUCCCAGCCGGUUGUCCAGCCCCGCCGGCCUUCUGGCCCAGCUCCUGUUGUGGCCACUGCCAACGGCCAGCGUUGCGGGUGCGUCCCGCCUCCUCUCUAUCACUUAUUUUUGUCUUUAGCGUUCAUGGAAAGAGCAGUUUGUUCCACCUCAGCAACCUCCCCGCCCUAGAAGGUCCCGGUCCUGCCUUGUGGUCUGGGGGGACACACGCUUACCUGUCCUGUCCCUCUGUGUUGUCUGGGGCCAGGCAAACAGGUGGGGCUGUGGGGUCAUUCAGUGCCAAACAUGGAGCCGGGAGGGGCUCACGACGCCCCAGGACUUGAGGGUGUGAGCCGGGCGGGGUGCCGGGGCCAGCCCUGCUGAGGAGCCUGGUGGUCCCCAGCUGCCUCAGAGUCCAGCAAUUGGGGCAGGGCUGUGGCUGUGGAGAUGUUUGGGGCAGGAACCCCGCUGCUUCAAGCCUUUGGUGCCAACACAACUGCCAAACCCACUGAACGUGAGUGGCUGCAGGGGAGGCCUGCCGAGCGUGAGCCGGGCCGGCCACACACACACAUGCACGCACGCACACCUCCACUCGCAGCCAGCCAGGCACAUCUGCACGCUCGGGAACUGACCCGGUGAUGGACGCUGGGCCUCUGCACUGGGCGACUGGUGCAUCUGGGCCAGGUGGAGGUGAGCACAAGACCAAAGUGGCUGGAACCAGGCUUCCAGAAGCUCCUGAGAGAAUGCAUCGUCCUUGUCCUGGACGCUGUGGGCAUUAAAUGGGGCUUCUGCACGCAGCUUGCGCCCCACAGGCCCCUGAUCCCUUGGGGUGGAGUAGGGACAGGUCCCUGGAGCAAUUUUGUUUUCUCAGGAUUCCGUCAGCGGAACGGGCCAGGCGAGCAGAGGUGGCCCCUCCUGGGGGACCUGUGUUUCUGGAGCCUCUAAGCCAAAGAGCCCAGUGGCUGUGGCGGGGGGGCGGGGGUGUCUCACCUUUACGAGUGGUGUAGGUGUGCAGUGCACCCCGCCUGGCAUCUGUGCCAGUGUCAAUUGUGGGAGGGGCCGACUGCUGGGAGGUCACUGCGGCUGGACGGAGGCCGUGGUGGGUGACGUGCCUCCCUGUUUACAUUUAGCUGAUGUGACGUCCAGUGCACGGUCCUGAUGUUUACGUGUGUGAAUGGCAGUGGGGUCCCCGCCUGGCCCCCACCCCACAAGCCUGCUGUGUCACUCGGAGGAGGUGCUAGUCCUAGUCCCCCACCCCCCGCAUGCCCCAAAUAGUUGCCCGCAGCCUGUCCCUGGAAACUGGUCACUGGCCACGCUCCUUUGUCCACGACACCCUUCUUCAUUGCCCCCGCCCCCCCCCCCCGGGUUCACUGUACAAUUUUUUUAUUCGUAAAUUUGUGUCCCUCCCCCCCCCUCCAGCUCUUGACCUGGGAUUGGUAACUUAUUUGUCUGGCUUCGCGGAGGCUCCUCUGUGUUUGUCCUCAGGUGGUCUGUGGGUGUCUUUCAGAAAAUGGUUAUUUUAUAUGAUUUCUCAUGGAAUUUGUUCUAAUAAAUCAUUCUAUCACGUGGCAACA